AUGGCUAGAAAUGAUAAUUGUUUUGAAUUAAUACAAUUGAAUUAGAAUUAUUAUUUUGAUAAUACUUUACCAAUUAACUAUAAAGUUUUUGUUUAAUUAAAUAUAUAACCUUAUAAUUUCACUUGUUUGGAUCAACAUGUCAGCAAACAUUGAAUCAAAUAAUCUGGAAACUGUAUUCAAAUGUGAUCGGUGUGACAAAGUUUUUAGUGCCAAGAGAAACUUGAGGAAACAUGAAGUUAAUUUUCAUGGUAGAACACCUAAUGGAUUCAAGUGCAUCAGGUGUGAAACAGUGAUAACAAACGUUUCAUCUUAUGCAAAUCACCUUAAUAGUGAGCACAGGAUUUUAAUGGAAUUCCACUCCCUCACGUUUGACUCGAUUCAAGAUUUCGAUACAUGGAAAACCAAAAUUGAAGAAGAAAAUACUUGUUUUUAUAAACUUUCAUCUAGCUCUUCCGAUGGAAGAAAGUACUUCGAUUGUAAUCGAUCUGGUACUUAUUUAGCUCCUGAGGAUCGUGAACGCUAUUUAAAAAUACAAGGUUCACGAAAAAUUGGUGGUAGAUGUCCAUCAACUAUACAAUUGAAUAUGGAAAAUGAAAAAGUGUUGAUAAGGUAUCAAGCCAAACAUGUUGGGCACACUUUAGAUCUUAAACAUAUUCAGUUGUCUUCAAAUCAAAGGGAAGAGUUGGCAUCUUAUUUAACCCUAGGAAUGAGCCGUCAAGUGAUUCUCAACAAAAUUCGAUCAACUUGGACCGACGAAACAAAGCGAAUCCACUUAACGUCUGUUAAAGAUUUGACAAAUAUUUCUUCAUCAUUCAAUCUGAAAUCUCAUGUUAAUCGGGACUCUAAUGAUCUUGUUAGUGUUGAAUCAUGGAUAUCAGAGAUGAAGGAAACUGAACAAGAUCCAAUAAUUCAUUAUCAGCAGCCAGAUGAUGAUGGAUCAUCAUCUUUCAUGCUCGUAAUAAGUACAAUUGGGCAACGUUUCAUGUUAGAAAAAUAUGGAGGAAAUGUUAUUGCGAUGGACUCUACUCAUGGAACAAAUGAUUACGAUUUCCAGUUGACAACAAUAAUGGUUGUUGAUGAAAAUAGGUGAGGUCACUUACCUGUGCUAUCAAAGUGAUAUAUUAUCAAUUAUUCUUACAUUCUAUUUAGGGUUGGAUUCCCAGUUGCAUAUCUAUACUCAGCUAAAGUUGAUAUGUAUGUUUGUCGAACAUUUUUCACUUCAUUGAAAAAAGUUUGCAACAUAAAAACUCCAAAUGUCUUCAUGUCAGACGAUUUCCCUGGUUAUUAUGCUGCUUGGUGCGCGGUAUUUGGGACACCAGCGAACCAUCUGUUGUGUACCUGGCACGUACUUAAAAAUUGGAACAAACAUAUUCUAUCCAUUCCUGAUCCUGAAGCUAGAAAGAAGAUAAAACAUGACCUUCUCUCCAUUCAUCGUGAGCUUGACCAGGUUGAAUUUAGCCGCUUGUAUGAUUUCUUUUGCAAGAAAUAUAAAAUAGUCAAAUCAACAGUAGAUUUUGUUUCGUAUUUAGAGGUAAACUAUGGUAGUAGAAAGCAACAAUGGGCUUUGUGUUAUCGUAAAAAAUUAGGUAUAAACACUAAUAUGCACCUCGA